GAGAAUCCCGCUGAAGAAGAAGAAGAAGAAAAAAAGGGAGAAAUGUGUUGAAGUAACAGCGGAGAGAGGAUACUAACAGCUGUUAUCGCUCCACGGGAAGGUCAUUAACGGGAAACAGAAGCAGUGCGCAGACUGGACGGAUAUUUUGGACAUACUCGCCUGCAAGUGAAGACCCCGCAACAGUGAAACAUUGUCCCGGCUUUUUUUGAUUUAAUCCCACAGAGCAAGGCAUGGGGGGAUUUACGUCUCGACAAGGCAGCACGGGAUAAAACCUGACGAGGACGCUGAAUAAGGACCUCGCUGUGGAGAGGAAGUGUAUUUCUGACAGUUUCUCCUCGCCUGUAGGCCGGCAGGCUCCACUAUCCCAGCUGAUGACUGUCCCUUGGGUGUUUGGACUGCAGGGCUGAGCGGGAGGCCUGUGUUUGCUGAGGGGGGAGCCCCGGCGUGUAUGUUGGUCACUUGCAGUCGCACACACUCACAAGGACCAUGUGGUUUUCCCUGAGGAGAAGUCGUCUCCCCUCGCAGAACUGGCACGGUGCCCACAGUUGCACUGAUUUCGGCGUGUCCUUGUGGGUAUUAAGCUUUUGUUGGUGCUUUGCCGCCGUCAGAGGUCAGAACUACCACCCCACUGUGAACACCCAGUAUGGGAAACUCCGAGGGGUGAGAGUGCCCCUGCCUAGUGAGAUUUUAGGCCCGGUGGAUCAGUACCUCGGUGUUCCUUAUGCUGCCUCCCCGGUUGGAGAGAAACGCUUCAUGCCCCCGGAGCCUCCCUCCUCCUGGUCAGGGAUCAAGAAUGCCACUCACUUUGCUCCUGUGUGCCCGCAAAAUAUUCACAACGCUGUGCCAGAGAUCAUGAUGCCGAUAUGGUUCACCUUCAACCUGGAUAUAGUUACCACAUACAUACAGGACCAACACGAGGAUUGUCUUUAUCUAAACAUCUAUGUUCCCACUGAGGAUGACAUACGAGACACCGGGGCCAAGCCUGUGAUGGUCUACAUCCACGGAGGAUCCUACAUGGAGGGGACGGGCAACAUGAUCGAUGGUAGUGUGCUGGCCAGCUACGGGAAUGUCAUCGUUAUCACUCUCAACUACCGUGUCGGAGUCCUCGGUUUCCUCAGUACCGGUGACCAGGCUGCUAAAGGAAAUUAUGGGCUACUUGACCAGAUCCAAGCUCUAAGGUGGAUCAGCGAGAACAUCGGCUUCUUCGGAGGAGACUCCAACCGCAUCACUGUGUUCGGUUCUGGGAUCGGUGCAUCCUGCGUCAGCCUGCUCACCCUCUCUCACCACUCUGAAGGUCUCUUCCACAGAGCCAUCAUUCAGAGCGGAUCGGCCCUUUCCAGCUGGGCGGUGAACUACCAGCCGGUCAAGUAUACACGUCUCCUGGCAGAGAAGGUGGGCUGUAACGUCCUGGACACCUUGGACAUGGUGGACUGUCUGAGGAAAAAGAGCUCCAGGGAGCUGGUGGAGCAGGACAUCCAACCAGCAAGGUACCACGUAGCCUUUGGACCCGUAAUCGAUGGCGAUGUCAUCCCAGAUGACCCGGAGAUCCUGAUGGAACAAGGCGAGUUCCUGAACUAUGACAUCAUGCUGGGGGUGAACCAGGGCGAGGGGCUGCGCUUUGUGGAGAACGUGGUGGAUUCAGAGGACGGAGUAUCUGGGAAUGACUUUGACUUCUCCGUGUCGGACUUUGUGGACAGUCUGUACGGGUACCCGGAGGGGAAGGACACGCUGAGGGAGACGAUUAAGUUUAUGUACACGGACUGGGCAGACAGAGACAAUCCAGAGACCAGAAGGAAGACGCUGGUGGCUCUGUUCACAGACCACCAAUGGGUGGAGCCGUCAGUGGUGACGGCAGAUCUCCAUGCUCGCUAUGGUUCUCCUACCUACUUCUACGCCUUCUACCACCACUGUCAGAGCCUGAUGAAGCCGGCCUGGUCAGACGCUGCCCACGGGGACGAGGUGCCGUAUGUUUUUGGAAUUCCUAUGAUUGGUCCCACCGACCUUUUCCCCUGUAACUUCUCCAAGAACGACGUCAUGCUUAGUGCUGUGGUUAUGACCUACUGGACCAACUUCGCCAAGACUGGUGAUCCAAACAAACCUGUUCCCCAGGACACAAAGUUCAUCCACACCAAGGCGAACCGCUUCGAGGAGGUGGCCUGGUCCAAGUACAACCCACAAGACCAGCUGUACCUGCACAUCGGCCUGAAGCCGCGCGUGCGAGACCAUUACCGCGCCACCAAAGUGGCCUUCUGGAAACACCUAGUGCCCCACCUGUACAACCUCCACGAUAUGUUCCACUACACCUCCACCACCACCAAAGUGCCCCCGCCGGAGACCACCCAGAACACCCUGUCCACCAAGAGGCCCAACGGGAAGACCAACUGGCCAUUCAACACCAAGCGGCCGCCCAUGUCACCGGCCUACAACAGCGAGGACAAAGACUCGUGGAGCGACGAUGAGGAGCCGGGGCCGCUGGUGGUGGAGAACCCGAGGGAUUACUCCACAGAGCUCAGCGUCACCAUUGCCGUCGGCGCUUCUCUCCUGUUUCUGAAUGUGCUUGCCUUUGCGGCGCUCUAUUACCGUAAGGAUAAGCGGCGGCAGGACUCCGGGCAUGGGCAGCCGAGCCCUCAACGCCAGACCACCUCAAAUGACAUCGGCCACCACGCCCCAGAGGAGGAAAUCAUGUCGCUGCAGAUGAACCAGACGCACCACGAGUGCGAGGCAGGGAACAGCAACGAGGGCACUCUGCGUUUAGCCUCGCUGCCUGACUACACGCUCACUCUGCGGCGCUCUCCGGACGACAUCCCCCUCAUGACCCCUAACACCAUCACUAUGAUCCCCAACUCUCUAGUAGGCAUGCCCAACCUGCACCCCUACAACACUUUCACAACCGGAUUCAACUCCACCGGUCUGCCGCACUCCCACUCCACCACCCGCGUAUAG